UCGCCCACCCACUCCCGGAGCCGGAGGUGGUACGCUCCCUCUCACUCAUCAUCUCCCCUCGUCCUUUGUACGCAGCCUUCUCACUUGACGAUCGUUUCGCGCCUCUGCUCAACUCCCAGACAAGAUGGCACCGAAGAACAAGGCAAAGAAGGGAAAGAAGCAGGACGAUGAUGACUUCUGGGAGAAUGCUGGCACCACUAUCGCCAAUAACAACGCAGGUACCUCAGCGGAUGCUGCGGAAGCGUCUGAUGACGGCUCCAAGCCAACCAAGAAGGCUGGGUUCUCGGCGUUCGCAGCUCUCGGCGCAGACGAUGGCGAUGCGGCGCCCGACGAGGAUGAAGACUUUGGAGGUCUUAUGUCGACUAUCAAGGCGGCCUCCAAGGGUAAGAAGGACAAGAAGGGCAAGAAAGGCAAGAGAGCGGACGUUUCCUUCGCUGACGGGCCCGCGCCUGGCGAGGGCUCUGACACUGAAGCCGCGGCUGCAAACGGAGACAUCAGCGCGGCGAAGAAGCCGGUCGAGGUGACCGCGGAGGAUCUCGCGGAUGAGGAGUGGGGCCCUGUGAAGGAGAAGGCUAAGAAGGGCAAGAAGGGUAAAGGGAAGAAGGGAAAGGCGCAAGCCGAAGAUGAGGAAGAGGUAGCUGAAGCGCAGGAGGCGGCACCCGAUCCAGCUGAGGUGCCCGCAGCGGCGCCGCCUCAAGAAGACGACGAAGAGAAGGAAGAGGGUGAAGGGGACGAAGGUGGCACGAAGGUUCUCUCUAAGAAGGAGAAGGAGAAACUCAAGAAGGAGAAAGAAAAGGCGAAGAAGAAAGCCCAAGCUGCUGCCAAGAAGGCUGCCCAAGCUGGAGAGGAGCCUUCAGCUGUCUCAACACCGGAGCCUGCACCUGCUGCACUGCCCGCAGAAAAGGAAGAUGAGGACGAAGAGGAAGGUGAAGGAAGCGGCGCCAAAACCGACUCCAAGAAGAAAAAGAAGAAAAAAGCGAGGAAGGAUGAAGAAUCAGCUCCUGCGCCAGCGGCUGCUGCAGGGAAGAAGAAGGGCGGUGCGAUCGGUGCGCUCAAAGCGAUGAUGGAGGAGAAGAAGCGGUUAGAGGAGGAGGCACGGAGGCGUGAGGAAGAGGAGAGGAAGCGGAUUGAGGAGGAGGAACGGCUAGCGGAGGAAGAAGCGAGGAAAAAGGAGGAGGAGAAGCAGAGGAGGAAAGAGAAGGAGAAGGCCAAGCGCGAGCAGGCAAAGAAGGAGGGCCGCCUACUCACGCCGAAGCAAAAGCAGGAGCAUCGUAUGGCGGAGCUCCGCAAGCAAGCUCUUCUCGCCUCCGGUGUACAGAUCGAAGGUCUGCAGCAGCAGAGCCAGGCAUCCAAGAAGCCUGUGUACGGCGACAAGAGGAAAAAGAAGGGUCCUACGAGCACAACAACGGGUAGUGGUCCGUCAACACGGGAGCCGUCACCUGUACGAGAGGAGAAGCCGGCCACGCCUGAGCCUGCUCCCGCUCCCUUGCCUGCAGAGCAGAAGGAGGAGAAAGAGGAGAAGGUCGAAGACGUUCAGUCCGACUGGGACGCUAGUAGUGGCGAGGAAGAGAAACCUUCAGCUGGCGUCAAGGGUUCGUGGGACGCGGAUAGCGAUGAGGAGGGGGCCAAGCCUCCAGCACCUACUAAAGCUGCACCUGCAGCGAAUGGCUCGAGCAAGGCACCCGCAAAACAGGCUGCACCGGCCAAGCCUGCGGUCACCAAGAAGGCUGCGCCAGCGAAGGCCGCACCUGCACCCGCAUCCAAAGCCGCACUCGCCGCGGCCAAGACGAACAGCAAGCCCAAUGGCGCGAAAGCCCAGCCACAAGAAGAGUCCUCCUCCGAGGAAGAGAGCUCGUCAGAAGAGGAGUCGUCCGAGGAGGACUCCGACUCUGACGAGGAUUCGUCUGAAGAUGAAGGCAUGACCAAGGCGCAACAGAUGGCUGCGCAGAGGAAGGCGGAGGCGGUCGCGCGCCGAGCGAAGGCGCACGAGGCGGCGUUGGCUGCGAGGGACGAGUCGGAUCUGCGUAGUCCGAUUUGUUGUAUUCUGGGGCAUGUCGAUACGGGUAAGACGAAGCUGCUUGACAAGAUCCGGCAAACGAAUGUGCAGGAGGGCGAAGCGGGUGGUAUCACGCAGCAGAUUGGUGCUACUUAUUUCCCCGUGGAUGCCAUCAAGACGAAGACGGCUGUGCUCAACAAGGAGGGCAACCAGGAGUACAAGAUCCCCGGUCUGCUCGUCAUCGAUACACCUGGUCACGAAUCGUUCACAAACCUGCGGUCUCGCGGAAGCUCGCUGUGUAACAUUGCCAUCUUGGUCGUCGAUAUCAUGCACGGAUUGGAGCCUCAGACGCUUGAGUCGCUCCGGUUACUCAGGGACCGCAAGACGCCGUUCAUCGUCGCGCUGAACAAGAUCGAUCGUAUGUACGACUGGGAUGCGACACCAGACAACGACUUCCGGAGCUCGCUCGCCAAGCAGAAGCGAUCCGUCCAGCGCGAGUUCGAGGACCGGUUGCAGAAGACAAUCCUCGCCUUCGCCGAGCAGGGCCUCAACGCUGUCCUCUACUACGAGAACAAGAGCUUCGCGCGCAACGUCUCGCUCGUGCCCACGUCUGCCAUCACUGGCGAGGGUGUGCCAGACAUGAUCAUGCUCCUCGUGAACCUCACGCAGCAGCGCAUGAGUGACCGGCUCAUGUACCUCAGCGAGCUUGAGUGUACGGUGCUCGAGGUCAAGGUCAUCGAGGGUCUUGGAACGACCAUCGACGUCGUCCUCUCAAACGGUAUCCUCAGGGAAGGCGACCGGAUCGUGGUCUGCGGUCUGAACGGCCCUAUCGUCACACAAGUACGUGCGCUGCUCACGCCACAGCCUCUGCGCGAGCUGCGGAUUAAGUCUGCGUAUGCGGCGAUGGGAGUGAAGAUUGUCGCGCCGGACCUCGAGAAGGCGAUCGCCGGUUCGCGGUUGUUGGUCGUGGGGCCGGACGACGACGAAGAGGAGAUGAUGGACGAGGUGAUGUCGGACCUGACGUCGCUCCUGAACUCGAUCGACAAGUCGGGGCGCGGCGUGUGCGUGCAGGCGUCGACGCUCGGCUCGCUCGAGGCGCUGCUCGACUUCCUCAAGUCGAGCAAGAUCCCUGCACAAGAAGACGUCAUGCGUGCCGCGACGAUGUUGGAGAAGGCGAAGGAGCUGUCGUGUAUUCUGUGCUUCGAUGUGCCUGUGGACAAGGAGGCGGAGAGGCUGGCGGAGGAAUGGGCAUCCAUCAUGGAGGCGAAGCGGAAAGACGCUGCUCCUCAGGCUGUCUGGCCGUGCCGCCUCAAGAUCAUAGCCGCCUUCUGUAAGCGUGACCCGAUCAUCCUCGGUGUGGAUAUCCUCGAUGGUACUCUGCGGGUGAAUACACCUAUCUGUGUCGUGAAGACCGACCCAGAGACACAGAAGAAGGAAUCAUCGAUUAGGAAGGAUAUCAACCACAAAUCCUUCGACAUGUCAAGAAAUGAACAUGCGGUAUACCAGUCUGCGAAGAUGUUCGGCCGGCACUUCGACGACAAGGACGAGCUCUACAGCCACAUCACACGACAGAGUAUCGACGUCCUCAAGACCUCGUUCAAGCAGGAUGUCUCGAACGAAGAAUGGCUUCUAAUCAAGGCCUUGAAGCCGCGUCUCAACAUCUCCUGAUGAGUUCAUCCACUACGAAGGUUCAUGCUCAACGUCCGUCGCUCUAGUUUGUCGCAAUGCUUGUAUUGUAGGAAGCUCUGCAUGCACGCAUGUAUUUAUACGCACAUCUUUGUCUCUACUAAUAUCAUGUAGCUUUCUCCGGUCGAGCGACUGCCCCCACAGUGAUCAAUUUACCGCAUAUUUCAUUCCUGA